UUUCUAAAUGCUGUUUUAUUGGGUUUCUCGUGAAUCCAUUUAUUUAUUUAUCCUCGUGUUUGGUUUAAAAACGCUUUCCUCUGGUAGUGGGCGACGCUUCCUCUUUAAUGUGAAACAGCGAGGACAGGAGUGUCGGGAAAAGGGGGGAGCGCAGAGGGAUGGGGCGAGGCGCGCACGGAGCUCUUAGUAUGCGCUGCAAUGCCCAACUGCAGCCCACGCACCUCAACUAAGGUGAAAUAUGGUGAAAUAUGAGAGUCACGGGAAGAGCCGGCAGCUCGACAACAGUUAGUCGUGAUGAGAUGACACAGCCGCCGGACAGAUUAGUCCAAUAAAUAGGGAAGGAUUGGAGAUAAUGUGAAGGCGCGGACGAACGACCUCAAGGCACCUUUUAAGAGGAGACAAACUGGAUAAAAAAAACACAUACAUGCGUAACGAGAGAAUCGCGAGCCGGAGCUUCUGGUGAUACAUGAUUUGACAGAAAGGACCUGAGAGGGUGGGCUGACUUUGGACCGGACACUUCUAUAGAGCCCAGAGGACAAACUGUGAAAGAGCCUGACAAGUGCAAAUAGGUUUUCCUGCCAGUGCCUGAACCCACGAGUGUGUGAAGCCUUUAUCUUCCUCAAGGCCCAGCGUGGCCCCACCUUGUCUGAAAGCUGCAGGUCCCAUCUUGUUCCAUCAUGACGGUUGCUACCAGCGACCCUGCCGACGAAGCGGCAGCACAUCCAGGCCAGCCUCACGACCAGUACGACCCAGAGCCGGAUCACGAGUGCUGCGAGAGGGUGGUCAUCAACAUUUCAGGGUUGCGUUUUGAGACGCAGCUAAAGACACUCUCCCAGUUUCCAGAGACGCUACUAGGUGAUCCAAAAAAAAGGAUGAGGUAUUUUGAUCCUCUCCGGAAUGAGUAUUUCUUUGACCGGAAUCGGCCAAGUUUUGAUGCAAUUCUAUAUUACUACCAGUCUGGAGGGAGACUACGCCGGCCUGUUAACGUGACCCUAGACAUAUUUUCUGAGGAGAUCCGGUUUUAUGAACUUGGUGAGGAGGCUAUGGAAAUCUUCAGGGAGGAUGAAGGUUUCAUAAAGGAAGAAGAGAGGCCUCUGCCAGAGAAUGAGUUUCAGAGGCAAGUGUGGCUUCUGUUCGAGUACCCAGAGAGCUCAGGACCAGCUCGCAUCAUUGCCAUCAUCUCCGUCAUGGUGAUUCUCAUCUCGAUUGUCAGCUUCUGUCUGGAGACAAUGCCAGUUUUCCGAAAUGAUGAUGCAGAAAUGAUGAAUCAUUUUCUAUUCGAGUACGGGUCCAACAGCACCUCUACCGAUUACAGCUCACCAUAUUUUACAGAUCCUUUCUUCAUCGUAGAGACCCUCUGCAUCAUCUGGUUCUCUUUUGAGUUUCUUGUUAGAUUCUUUGCCUGUCCAAGCAAAGCUGGAUUUUUUGGCAACAUCAUGAACAUCAUUGAUAUUGUGGCAAUCAUUCCUUACUUCAUCACCCUGGGCACAGAGCUAGCGGAGCGCCCAGAGGACAGCAUGGGAGGCCAGCAAGCUAUGUCUUUGGCUAUUCUCCGUGUAAUUCGUCUGGUGAGGGUGUUUCGUAUCUUCAAACUGUCUCGUCACUCUAAAGGUCUCCAGAUAUUAGGACAGACGCUAAAAGCCAGCAUGCGUGAGCUGGGCCUCCUCAUCUUCUUCCUGUUUAUCGGCGUUAUCCUCUUCUCUAGUGCAGUCUACUUCGCGGAAGCAGAUGAAGAACACUCCCAGUUCAACAGCAUCCCCGAGGCCUUUUGGUGGGCAGUGGUUUCCAUGACCACUGUAGGCUAUGGAGACAUGGUCCCAACAACGAUUGGAGGGAAGAUCGUGGGGUCUCUCUGUGCAAUUGCCGGUGUGCUGACUAUCGCCCUGCCUGUACCUGUCAUUGUGUCUAACUUCAACUACUUCUACCACAGAGAAACAGAGGGUGAGGAACAGGCACAGUAUCUGAACAUUCCAAGUGUGCCUAAAGCCAGCUCAGCUGAUGAUCUGAAGAAAGAAGGUCGAAGCGGCAGUGGAUCAACUCUCAGCAAAUCUGACUAUGUGGAGAUCCAGGAGGCUGUGAACCAUAGCACCGAGGACUUCAGACCAGAGAGCAGGAAAACAGGAAACUGCACCUUGUCCAACACCAACUAUGUAAACAUCACUAAGAUGCGUACAGAUGUAUAAUGUGAGCUGUUGUAUGCGGGUAGCAUUUGCCAGGAUCUACAGAGGUUGUAGCAGGAAUAUGGAGGUGUGACUCCCAGUACUGCCCAACAUAGGGGACCAGUACGGAAGUAGACCAAGCAGAAGACUGAGGUUAACAUGGAGAAAGGGUCAACAGAGAACAACCCAUGUUCUUCUACAUCAUAUGGACCUAUCAGUGCAUAUCAGAAUACUGCCACCCAUCUUAUUUAGGACAUUGUUAGUGUCUGCAUGGCAUUAGUCUUACCUAUGUGACAAUAGUUGUCCUGCUUGCAACAGUAGCCAAAUAGUAGCUUAACCUCUAAUAAUUAAUACUACCAACAUAAAGGGACCACUAGUUUAAACUUUUGUGCUCAAACUGCUCUAGAGAAAAUAAGUGAAACAAUAACUUACAUCAGACACCCUUUUUCCUUUUUACAUGUAACUUAACCUACUACCUUGUGAUUAACACAAGCCAUAUUAUCAGCAUUCAAGAACAACUAAAAUCUGCUGCUCUAACUGCCAAGGUCCUGACUCAGAGGAAGACAUAUUGCUGAGAUCACAGCUGUUGUAUCAGGGCAGCACUGAACUGAGCAACACAGAGAAUAAGAGAGAAUUAUAGGAAUAUCUUUAUGACCAAAUGGUCAAUUUUGAUUUAUUUUUUUAUUUAUUUUAUUUUGCUUUCUCUAUCAAAGAAAAUGCACUACCAUUCAUCCUUUGGCUCUCACUAGAUCCUGUCUGCAAGUUAGUGGCCUCUGUAGGGACCAACAGAUUGAAGACUGUGCUGUAAUUCUGGACCACAGUAGCACACCAAGUUCUUUUCCUGCCGUUUCUUCUUGAUGAAGCUCAAGUGGAUUUACAGUAUGUAUGUAAUGUGUAGACACUUGCCAAGACUCUGCCUUUUUAUUGUCUGUAACCAAUGCAGACUAACAGGUUAACAACAGAAAUAUCUCUCUAAAUGGAAUAUCUUGUUAGUUUUUGAUGUGUGUUCAUUUGAUUUGUAAUUAUGUAUGGUUUUUUUUUAGUAAUAUGAUUAAUACAUGAUGAAUGUGGGCUUCUCACCAAUAUUUUUAUAUUUUUCAUGCCUAAUGUGGAGUGAGAGACAGAAUAUUUUCGUUGUAGUGUUUGGAGUGAGUGCCUAUUUGUUCAUCCUCUUAACUGUACUUUCAAGUGUGUCUCUGGCUGCCGCUGUCACAGACGUACAGUGUAAAGUGUUCAGUUUGACUCCACUGCCCAGCAAAGAUGUUGCUGUUCUUGACUUCAUAGCAUUCCAUGUUUGUAGGAGUAGAUAAAAUGAGAUUAAGGGGCAAAUGGAUUACAUUUUAGUGAGUUGUCUGAAGUUAAUGUCAACACAGUUUUGGAAUUAAGGCAACAAAGUUAACUCGUCUGAUGUUUAAUUAAUUAAGGAUUUAUGGUAGUUACCCCAAAGGCUUAAAAUCACAGAUUUGCAAGUAAAGCGCUAAAAUAUUAAAUAAGAGAGACCUUUAAGGUCCAUCGAUUGUCAUACCAGCAGUGCCAGUUUUGUACUGAGUCUUGCUGGUUAUCUGAUAUGGAGCAAAGUCAGCCUCAAAGUUUACUUUAAGUUUACUUGUGGUACCUAGAAGCCCAUUAGCAAUUAGCAUUACUGGUAAACGUGACUAAUCAGACCGAAACCACUGCCACAUCAUUUUAGCCUUUCAUGCCUACAUUCCUCUUGAUUUCUCGCCUUAACAAAUACAUCAGAAUUAGUCAACUUUGUCUGCCUCUGCAACAAACUAAAAACAAACAAAAAUGUGUUCCCAUUUUUUUUUUUUUGCUGCGUGCUGCCACCUGGCACACUGCAUCUCGAGUUGGAAAAGACAGUUUAUUUGUCUUAGUAGUUCUGUUUGUCUUAUUUUGUAUCCAUGCAAUUUCAGCAAUCAUUCCAGUGGUCCAUUGUGACGAUAUAAUAGAGGACGUAGCUUAUGUGUCCUUUUUAUCAAAAAAUGCUAUUCUGCUUUUGUAGAGCUGCAUGUCCUGUAAAGUAGUCAUUGUAGCAUGCAUUAGUAUGAAUAAUAUUCAAACAGCAAACUGACUUAAAUAUGUUCCUAUGUCUCUAGAAGAUUAGUGCUUGCAUCGCAAUCCAUGUAAAAUACUUAUGUGUUCACGAGGCAAUUUGUUAUCUCUAGUGUUAUGUAGAUUAAGGGAGUAACAUCAGCUUCAACAUGAGAGGAAACAGGUUAAGUUUGAGAGGUGUAGAAAACACAGCAUGGUGAGGUGAGACUUCAAAUUUAUACUCUGGAUUCCAGAUCAGGGAUUCUUAUGCCUAAGACCCACAGUUAAUAAAUAUUAACUAACAUCCCACUACCUUCACUUCUAUAGACUUUACAGUCUUUUGCAGUCACAACCUAAGUAACUGUGUCACAUAAUCAAAGCACAACAGCUACGAUCUGCCGCCAGUCCAAUGGAUGCACCAGAGAUUCAUAGUUGGUCAGUCAGAGUUUUUGCUCGACCAAGUGUAUCAUAAUGCUCCAAGGAACUGUCUGAGUGCCCCAACCUCUGAUAUAUAGCUCCAUCACACUGUGUGUGCAGUGUCGUCUGUGCAUGAGUGUGUGAGAGAGAAAGAGUGUGGGAUCGUGAGAGAAACUGAGAGCUUUUAGAUGCACGCAGGCUGAGGGCGUAGCUUUUAGAGACUAUGCGGUAGGAGUUUUGGAAAACACUGCUUUUCUUGAAUCCAGAUCAGGAUGACAAUGGUGCUCAGUGAGUGCACUCUAUCCCAUCUAGGCACGUUGUUUACAGUCUGUCUACUGUACAGUAUAUAUUCAACAUAUGCACAUAGUAUAUUGAGGAACAAAACUGAAAGUAAUGUGCUACUACACUCGCUACAGAUUAGAUCUAUGAGCAUGUGUUGACUUUUGAGAUAAAGUGCAGCCUCAGCCGUGGCCUGUUACAUGGGAUGGAAGAGAGGAAAUACAAGGAAGGAGAGGAAAUGUAGGGAAGGAAAAUGGGAUAAUGAAAGUAAGAUAACACUUCCCACACCCUUCUGUGCUUUUUGCUCUGAUGUGUACUUGUAUUUCUCUAAACUGUUCUUGACCACCUAUGCCACUUUAAGCUUGACCUGAACUGCUGUCUUCUCUGCUCUUGUUACCAAGCACACAAUUGAAGUGACACUCUGUCAAGAUAAAAAGCACUCUCUUGGAGAAGCCAACAGGGCUGCACAUCAGGAUCUGACCAAGGAAGUCACAUCAUCUCUGUACUUCACAACAUAAACGACAGGACAUUUAUACACCGCCGGGCAUUUGAACAUAUAUGGCCCGUGUACACACACUGCCUGUGAACAGGAACCUUUACGGACAUGUCUGCUGUCAAGACACAUGUCCACCUGUGGCUUUAUCAGACUUGAAGGUCACAAUGGACUUAAACCUGCUGCUGGUGGGUUUACACACCUGUAGCCAUGUAAAUGUAUCAAAGACUUACAGCUGCUUUAAUGAUGUCUUAAAAUGCCUAAAGCUUCAGCUUUAAAACAAGCUUCUGCCAUGUAUAGAUUCCUGUGUAGUAGGGAAUCAAGAUGUAUGCUUGCUGAAUUCAUGAAACUAAAGUUGUAUAAUAAGGGUAUUCUCUCAGCUUUGGUAUGCUCCAGGGACAAUAUAUGGAAGUAUAUUAAGAAAUAUAUAUAUAAAACAUUUCUAUGACAACCUUGUUUGUGUCAUCAGACAGUUUAAAACUGAUCUGUUUGUUUUUUUCACCAUGUUUUUCUAUUUGAAUGUCAGCAUUUUGCUCAUCUUUGAGCCUCACACAGUACAGGGACUGAGGUUUGCCUAAAAAAACACAUGCAGGCCUUAGUCGAAUAGAUUCUGUAUUAUUCUGUCAUAUCUGUCUUAAUACAUGUUUACCCCCAGACACCAUCUCCACUUAAUCUACUUUAUCUGCCUUCUUCAACUUUCUGCCAUUCACAUAUAUAUGUGGAUGAAACUCAGAUAAUCCUCAGUCCCUUGACUGUAUUGCUGUUAUGGUGGUCAAUGCUCAGCUAUCUGUUAAACAACUGUUUGUUUUCUGCCAUUGUAUGGAAAAGAUUGAACCAAGAUGCAAACUGUACAUUGUUAAACACAAAGUAAAAAUGGAUCUGAAUACUUGUCAUGCCCUUUACAUGGACUUUAAAUGAAUACAAAGUGAUCAGUAGAGAAUAUUAUUAUAUAAUUGUAAAUUAAUAAAAGUAUUAUAAAUGAUAACAUCUUUAUGAUAACCUCAA